UGGGCAGGGAGAGAAAAAAAAACACCCCAGGAUUCGGUGACAUAAAAGCGGCGGCGCGAGCCGGAGCUCGGGCCAGAAGCGGCGGGCGGAGGAUGCAGCAGAGGGCAGGCACCGGUAACCGGACAGCCGCCGCCUCCCCCCUCAUGUGUUGACUCCCUCCCUCCCAUGGUGCAGCUUUUGUGCUCGCUCGGGAAUCCGGAGUUAGCAGCGGUGCAGAGAUGAAGAUGAAAACCGAUAAGAGGUCGCCUUCCAGCGGUGAAGGUGGUCACGGUGGCGGCGGUGCCGGAGGGCCCGCGGUUCAGGGGCCGGCCCCCUUCAUCCAGGCUCUGGCAGCCGCCAACAGCCAGUACCAGGCGUACGAGACGUACCUGGAGAAUGGCAUGAUCUGCCUCAAGCAUAAGAUCCGGAAUAUUGAGAAAAGGAAGGCAAAACUGGAUGACUAUAAGGAACGCCUAAACAGAGAAGAACUCAAUCAGGAUCAGUUGGAUGCUGUGGCCAAAUAUGAAGAAGUAAUUCAUAAUCUGGAGUUUGCUAAGGAGCUGCAGAAAACCUUUGUUGCACUCAACCAAGAGCUGCUAAAAGCACAAAAGAAAACUUUACGACGUGAGCAACUACUGAGGACAGAGAUGGAGAAGAGACGCCUUCGUACAGUAUUGCAUGUUAAAUAUGUACUGGAGAACUUCAAGCAGGAGCAUGUUCAAAAUGACUUCCGAGAUGGCAUUAAUGGUGCAUUUAUUAUUUCUCGAAAGGAAAUCAGCCUCCUCAAGGACUUCUGUAAACUUGUUUGCCCUGAAAGGGAUGAAAGAAUGUCUCUUGAAGAUCAGGUUGAAUUGGUGUCAAAUCAAAUGUGGGACCUGUUGGAAGGAAGUGAUAAAAUAGUGGCUGGUAGCACCUAUAAACACUUGAAGGAAACAAUAAGCAGACUAUUGAACUGUGCCUACUUUGAUAGUAUUCCUGUCCCUCACAAUGGUUUGCUGGAUGAUGUUGAAGAUGAUAAAAUUAAAGAGGUACAAGUAACUUCCAAGACCCUAUCUGGAAAGGAUGCUGAAUCUGAUCUACAUUUUUUAUGCUCCAAUGAUGUGCAGCCAAGAGAGUUUUUGAAUAGGCAGUACAUGAACAAAACUGACUAUGCUGUAAAACAGCCUGAAAAACCAAGGAACUGGGAAAGCGAGUAUGUUGGCAGGAAGCAAGAUGAUGUUCCCAAAAAAUGGGAUGCUGAUUACAUGAGUAGAAAACAUGAGGAAACACCCCCAACCAAGUGGGAUGAUGAGUAUGUUGAUAAACAGGAGGAGCCUCUCAAAAAAAGGGAUACAGAAUAUGUCAACAAUAGAAAGUUGGAGGAGCAGCCUAAAAAGUGGGAUGUACAAUAUGCUGAAGUUCAGGAGACUAAAAGAUGGGAAGCACCAUCUGUCCCGAAAGAAUCUGCUGAACCAAAGAGAAUUCUGCCUGAACCCAAAGAGAAACGGGAUCGUACAUCAAAACAAAGUGAAGUGAAGCAAGUGUCGAAGGUAGUCCAGCAGGCUGCUGCAGAGUUCUGCUCGACCUCCUCACUGCCAAAGGAUCCCGAACUCAGGAGGCAGAAGCUUCAAGACCUAAUGUCCCAGAUACAAGGGACGUGUCACUUCAUUCAGGAUUCUAUGCUGGAUUCUGACUCUUCACAAAGUGCUGUUGGAUCACAGAAGGCUACGAUAUCACUCAAUGCUGCAGCUCCAAAACAACAGAAGCAGCAAAAGAAUGACACCAUUCCAUCCCCACCCAAGCCUGCCUCAGAAUUGACUGUCCAUUCCAGUGUUGGGGGUAGUUCGGGUUCUGAUGACCAGUCUUCACUGUCUGGUUCCACAAACGACCUUUCAGGGCAAACUCCGCAGAGUUCAGCUACACGCAAUUCAGAAAGUGAAGCAUACAUUCCACCACCGCAGAUAUACCAAACAAGUACACCCAUUACGGAGUCCCUGACACACAAGUCCUUGGAGACAAAUCAGGUGACUACUCUGCCCAACAACCAGACUGCUGUCUAUGAUGCAAUAAUGGUAACACCCCAAGGACUGGGACGCCAGACUCCAGUAAGCAAUUCUCCAGUUAGCAUGAAGACCACACCUUUUCAGGCUAUGCAGACUGUGUUCAAUGUGAAUGCUCCUCUUCCUCCAAGAAGCGAACAGGAAGUGAAAUCUGAUGCUCCAUAUUCGCCUGCCUUUAAUCAAAGUUUGAUUACAGCAAGUACUCAGACUCCACCUCAGCCUGUGUCUGUCCAAUCUUCACAUGCUGUAGAGCAAAAUGCUCUGACGCAGGAAUCUUUAACAGAAGAACCUACAUCAGUUGCAAAUGGGACCCCCGUUUUUCUACCCCACAGUCAGCCAAAUAAUCCUUUACCAAGACCAAGCCAACCCUACUUUGGAAGCAGAGGUGUUGUAAGGGGGGCUGCACGAGGUGGCAGAGGAAUCGCUAAUGCAUACCGUGGUUCCAGUAAUGGAUAUAAAGGUGUACAAAUAGGGUUUGAUGCCUACAGAGGAAUUCCCAUACCUGGCAAUGGAACAUAUGGACCUUUUCCAAAUAGGGAGUACCCUGGGAUGCCAUAUACCCCAAGGGAGUCUGGUUACCAGCAGAACUACAAACGUGGUGCAGGAGUUGGGCCUCGUGGGACCAUGAGAGGAGGCCAUGGCAUCUUACCACAAAUGAGGCAGACGCAUGAGUAAAUUACCACCACAAUCAAGUUUGCACAGUUUUGCAGUUUACAAUACAUACUUCUCACAGUCUUGAUAAAAUAUACAAACAAAACCGUCUUGGUGGUGUGUGUAACACUGCCCGUUCUUGCAUAUUAUAGUCUGUAUAGAGACAUGUCCUUAUGCUGGUUCUCAUUACAUCUCAGACUUCAGGGAAAUUGAACUUCAUCUGCUGAACCAGUUUGGGAGCCUGAGAAAAGCAGUGUCUUAAGGGUGCAUGGAACAUCAUGCCAGUGGUACAAUCAUUGCUAAAUUGCUCAAGAUGUUUAUUGUGGAAAUGUUUUUGUGUCUGAAUUGUAAAGACAGCUACACUGUUGAUGCCUUGCUUACAUUCAAACACUUAAAGUAUUUUUACUAAAGCUAUGAAAUGAGAAGGGCAACGAUCUUAUUAAUUAUACGGUAGCUCGUACGGUCCUCAUUUCCCUCGGGGAAUGUUCUAUGCUGUCAUCUGUUUAAUCUGCAUUGAAUGUGAGUUGUGUCAAUUUGCAAUAUGUAGGGAUGCAGUUUUCCUCUGCUAUAUUGAGACAUU